AAAGGUGAGGACAGCGUGAGGCCCCAGACCAGGCCUGGCUGGCUGGACGGGCACCAUGAGGCUGCUGGUCCUCCUGAGCCUGUUGUGUGUCUCCAUGGCCACCCCCAUGGGCCCAAAGUGGCCCGAGCCCGUGUUUGGGCGCCUGGCAUCGCCUGGCUUCCCGGGUGUAUAUGCCAAUGACCUGGAGCGGCGUUGGACCCUGUCUGCUCCCCCCGGCUACCGCUUGCGCCUCUACUUCACCCACUUUGACCUGGAGCUCUCCCACCUCUGCGAGUAUGACUUCGUCAAGCUGAGCUCAGGGACCAAGGUGCUGGCCACGCUGUGUGGGCGGGAGAGCACAGACACGGAGCGGGCGCCUGGCAACGACACCUUCUAUUCGCUGGGCUCUCACCUGGACGUCACCUUCCGCUCUGACUACUCCAAUGAAAAGCCAUUCACAGGCUUUGAGGCCUUCUACACAGCGGAGGACAUCGAUGAGUGCCAGGUGUCCCCGGAGGAGGCACCUGCCUGUGACCACCACUGCCACAACCACCUGGGCGGCUUCUACUGCUCCUGCCGCACCGGCUACGUCCUCCACAGGAACAAGCGUACAUGCUCAGCCCUGUGCUCAGGCCAGGUCUUCACUGAGCGGUCUGGGGAACUCAGCAGCCCUGAAUUCCCACGGCCUUACCCCAAACUCUCCAGCUGCACCUACAGCAUCCGCCUGGAGGAGGGGUUCAGUGUCAUCCUGGACUUCGAGGAGUCCUUUGACGUGGAGGAGCACCCUGAAACCCAGUGCCCCUAUGACUCCCUCAAGAUUCAAACAGGUAAAGAGGAAUAUGGUCCAUUCUGCGGAAAGACAUUGCCUCCCAGAAUUGAAACCAAGAGCAACAUUGUGACCGUCACCUUUGUCACUGAUGAGUCAGGGGAUCACAAGGGCUGGAAGAUCCACUACACAAGCACAGCACUGCCAUGCCCUAACCCGAUGGCGCCACCUAAUGGCCACAUCUCACCAGUGCAAGCCAAAUACAUCCUGAAAGACACCUUCUCCAUCGUCUGUGAGACUGGCUAUGAGCUUCUGCAAGAUCAUUUGCCCCUGAAAUCAUUCACUGCAGUCUGUCAGAAAAAUGGAUCUUGGGACCGGCGGAUGCCCAAGUGCAGCAUUGUUGACUGUGGCCCUCCUGAUGAUCUACCCUGUGGCCGAGUGGAGUACGUCACAGGUCCUGAAGUGACCACAUACAAAGCUGUGAUUCAGUACAGCUGUCAAGAGACAUUCUACACGAUGAAGAUGGGUGAUGGUAAAUACGUGUGUGAGGCUGAUGGAUUCUGGACAAGCUCCAAAGGAGAAAAAUCGCUCCCAGUCUGUGAGCCUGGUAAUGGAUACAUUUAUACAAGAGAUUCCUAAUUGAUGGAAAGUAGAACAGGGCAGGAGACAGUAAGUAGAGCUUUAGCUGUGGUAGGCAGAAAUGUAACUUCAGCACUUGGCUCUUAGGCUAAGUUACUAUUUCCAAAUAUGUUCUCAUUAUCCCCCUUCCAUGUGGAGAGGUUGUUAGGUGCUGACUGCAUCAGUCAUUUGAUUAUUUUUGACCUUAUAACUAGGCAAACAUAAAAAAUUAAAUGGUUUUUAAAAUCAUCUUGAUCAAUUUAUACAUCUAUAAACAUGAGUUCUUGAGUUACUUUCCUUCUCUGUAAAAAUGCUAUUAAAACCCAAAGUUAAUAACUUCAUUAUUUCCCUAAGCAAUUGUUUUAAUGACAUCUAGUUUUUAAACAUUAAUACAAUUGACCCUCCCUUUAGUAGUACUUAAAGAAAAAAUUUUUUAACCAGAAUUGGCUCCAAAGAUAAUAGUUGAAUAGUGAUUAAAAAAAAAAAAAAAAAGAAAGGUAGUAAUAUAUUCAUUACCCCUGUGUUAUGUGGCCUAAAUUAGUUUUUUUUAAACCUAUACUUGGCUGACAUACGAGUUUUUGGUUUUUCUUUUGUAAGUUUUAAUAUAAGUAUAUUGCCACCAACAGGAAACAUACAUAAGCUACAUUAAUGAGCUUAUUUAGUUUGCAAUAAAGACAAUUAAAUUUAGUGUUUGGAACAAUCAAUUAGACCAAAAAAUAGUAAUUUCUGAACUUGAAAGGUCUUGGCCACAACUCUGAUGUUCUAAUUUUUAAAACAUUUACACAUUCAAAGGUAAAAUUUUGAAGUUCUGAUACUGACCUUCAUUUUUACUUUCCCAGAAUUACACAAUACCCUAUUUUCCAAGUGAGAAAAACACAGUCAAAAGAUUAUGUCCUUCUACUUCCUAUGUGCAUCCUCCAAUGAGCGCAUCAGCCAAUUCCUAUAUGCCCUAUUAAUCUCCCCCAUCUUACAUAUCAACUUUUUAUUUAUUUUUUUUAACUUUUUUUUUUGUAGAGACAGUCUCACUUUACCGCCCUCGGUAGAGUGCCAUGACGUCAUACAGCUCACAGCAACCUCCAAGCUUUUGGGCUUACGCAAUUCUCUUGCCUCGGCCUCCCAAGUAGCUGGGACUACAGGUACCCGCCACAAAGCCUGACUAUUUUUUGUUGCAGUUUGGCCGGGGCCAGGCUCAAACCUGCCACCCUCAGUACUCACUGAGCCACAGGCACUGCCCACAGAUCAAGUUCUUUUAGCAAAACAAAAUUUCCUCAAGUUAAUUUUGCUUACCUCACUUACUGAAGCAUUAAGAAAUACCUAAAGGUUUCUAUCAGGUCUUUGAACUGUGCUAUUUUAUAACUUUUUU